AUGUCUCCAAAGUUUUCUCCUGCAAUAUCAAUGUCAGAUCUCAAUAACAUAAAUCAAUAACCUGAAUCACUUAAUCAAACAGUUUAAGACGACUUUAUAGUUAAUAAAUCUCUAGCUAAAUCCCAAUCAGCACAAGGUUUACACACUAACCCGUUUAGCAAGACUCAUACAUAUUUCAGUAAUCGAGUUGUUCAUCACUAAAUAAAUUCUAAUCAUCAGUAGUUCAUGAUUGGUGGAGGAACUUAAAAUAAUGUUGGGAACAAUGUGAGUGCCAGUAUGACUUCCAAUGGAUUUUAGAACAACAAUAUCAACAAUAUAACUAAUGCUAUGAGUAUGUCUAAUUUAUUACCAACAUUAACUGGACAACGAAUCUAAAGUAUGAAAACAUCAAGUGUAGACAAUAGAUAAUAAAAGGAAGUAACCCUUAAAGAUAAAAAUCUUAAACAACAGUAAUUGCCAUCGCUAAAUAACAUUAAAUUGAGUAUAAACAAGGGCAAUGAGCAGUCAAGAAAUCCUAUUUAGAUUUCUUAAUUAUAAACAAGCGAGUCCAAACUAAAUUCAACAAGCCAAGAGUUUCAAAUUGAUGAUAACAAUAAUACACUGCUUUAACCAGACUAGGAUGUGUCUGUCGAAACAUUUGGCAUAUCUUAAAGAAUACAGUCUAGAAAACAAUCUAUCCAGCAAGUUGAUAAUUACGAAAAAAUACAAAUGUUUUAUAACAAAAACCUAGAUGGCAAUAAUGAUAAUUAUUAUAUUGCAACAAAUGUCUAAAAUGGAUAAGAAAUGCUCUAAAGUCCGUUUGUUAUAAAGGGACCAAUUUUAAAGCAACAAUACAAUCUCAAAAAGCAAAGGGGAAAUUAAGAGAUAUCAAUUAAUCGAUAGAACGGAGAUUCAAAGAUUAGCAUUAUGGAUGAAAAUAAGGAUAUAAACCAUCUCUCAGCUAUUAAUAAUGAAUAAUCUCCUUUAAAAUAAGGAUAAAAUAUUUCACUUUUCCAAAAUAGUGCUAUAUAUGAUGUCAGGUAAAUGCAAAGAAAUACGUAGCUAGAAUCUUUAAAGGUCUCAUAGAAUUAAACCUUGAAGUCAGGAACCAAGCUUAACACUACAAGUUCAUAGCCAGUACUAAGGUAGACUAUAGCUCUAGAGUAAAAAUCUGAACAGCAAAGGCUAAAAGAGGUAUCUGAGUCUAUUUAAAAAGAUCAGAGAAGUCUUUUCAUGAUAAACAGACUUAAAGAUUCUUUCUCGGAGAAGUUUACCAUCUAUUCUAAAUCCACUUAAAUGGUUUUUAUGAAUGACUAUGAGAAUAUAUUUAAGCUAAUCAACAAUCCUUUUAUGGAAAUGAGGGAUGUAAAAUGCGAGUUUCAUUAGAUAAUGAAGAAUCUUAAUAAGGAAAAUAUAGGUUCAGUUGAUUUAGACUCUGGUUAAUGGAAUGGUGUAGUAUAACUUGAAGACAGGACAAGUUUCAUAACUGAAGGACAGCAAUAUCCUAUGGAGUUAAUAUGCUAUGAAAUAUCAGGGUACUGCCUAAAUUCAAAUAAGAAAUAUAUGAAACUGAAUUCAUGCUAGAUUCCAUUCAAAUAUUUACCAUUUUUGUACUUUCUAAAGAAUGAGGAUAUGCAAGAGGUCAUAAUGCAAUGCAUCAAUGUUGUUGAAGAGGGAAUAAUUAGGCUUGAUGAAUAGAAGAUGUAUACCAUGUUAAAGACAUAUGAUCCAGUUCCACAUAAAAAUGAGAUGAAGGAGUUUUGUUUCACUAUUUACAGUAAUAGCACUCAUGGCAAAAGCACAAAUCUUAUUUCAGUCAAUUACUUCAGUUUGAAAAAGUUCUAAGUAUCUCUGAAGUACAUUCUCUCGCAUGUAAUUAUAAGCUCGAUAAUUGUGAAAAGUUUACCAAUGAUGAUUGAGGUAUAAUAGCAGGGGAAUGAAGAAUUCAAGACAGUAAUUACUUUUGAGAUACCUUUUUCAGAGAUAAUAAAGACAUUCAAAUACCUUAAGUCUAAGAGUUUCAAUAUGAAUGAACUUCACUCUAAAUUGAUGCAGCUAACAACCAUAGUAAAGGACUUAAAUAAAGAAAUUGUCAGAAUCAAAAUCGAUUUCUUAAAUUUACAGCCAAUUUUGAAAUACUAGCCUCAGACAUCAAGACUGGACUAUAAAAAGAGUCAGACUAGCUUAUUGGACUCCUAAUUUUUAGAGGAAGAAAGAAACAAAAACUUAGUUCCUAGUAUUUUACUAGACAACCACAUCAAGCUAAAAUUCAACUUAAAAGACCCCGUUAUUAAGUACAUGUCAAGUUAAGGGCAUACAAAAGAAGGCUAGGUCAUUUAAAAGGAGUUGAAAUGGACUGAAAUCAUACAUAUGAUUGAGAGUAAAUUUGAAAAUUGGGAAUCAAGUGUGUUUAAUCCAAGUCAUCUAAUGUGA